GGAGCGGAGUCAGCUGGCCCGCCUGUUGUAAACAGAAGUGAGAGUGGUGGCCACUGGCCGCGGGCCCGGGCAAGAAAGAAUGGAGUCAAAGUCCCAGUCCCCCCCGCGCCAGGCUUCGCCGUCGACUCCGUGAACCCGGACGGGACAGCUUGCAGCAGGUUUGUCACAGUGUCGCGUACGCCGCCCGCCGCACUCAGUGCACUGAUCGCGUCUCUAACCUCUCCGCCUGACAAUAAAAUGUCUAUCGCAGGGGCAAUGCGCUUGUCCCCUGAGGAUCCCCUGCGGACAUUCUCGGAAGAUGAGAAGCUGCCACCUCUUCCUCUGCCAUCGCUGCGCCAUACACUGGAACGAUAUGUCGACUCAGUUCGGCCUUUUGUCUCGGAUGCUGAGUUUGCAAACACCCAAGAAAUCGUAAAGAAAUUUGAAAAGGGGGAAGGCAAACUCUUACAAGAGAAACUGGAAGCUAAAGCGAAGAUAGAGAAAAAUUGGGUUGAUAAAUGGUGGUUAGAGAAGGCAUACCUUGAAAAUAGAUGGGCGCUUGUGCCAUUUUGCAGUAUGUCUGGUGUGUCUGAUUUAAGUAGAGUCUGGACGUUCAAGCCAGGGUACAUGCUGAAGUAUGCUUCUUUGUAUCUGUACUAUACUGUUGAAAUGUGGACCCUCCUGAGAUCUGAACGUCUGGCUCCAAAUCGAAGUGCAGAUGGCAAGACCUUCUUUAGCAUGACACAGUGGCGAAGACUUUUUAACUGCUGCAGAAUUCCCCUUCCUGGAAGAGAUCGACUGGACACUCACUUUAAAACUGAAAAGGAGGGCACCUGCCCAUCACAUGUUAUGGUUGCCUGUAAUGGUCACAUUUUCCUUGUUGAUGCUGUGGAUGAAACUACUGGAUCGAUUCUAAACCCUUUGGAGUGGGAGAGCCAGCUCCAAAGAAUUGUUGACGAGGCUUCCAAAACACCCGGACAGGGCAUUGCUCGAUUGACAUGUGAUGACAGAGACACCUGGGCCAAGAACAAUGCACAUCUGAGGCAAAUCAGUGGUGAAAAUGCUCACUAUCUGCAUCUUAUUGAAUCUGCAAUGUUUUUGCUUACAUUAGAACCAGAUUUUGAGCCCAAUACCCCAAGUGAAGUUAUUAUGAGAUCUCUGACAGGAGACUACAACAAUUUGUGGGUAGAUAAAUCACUACAUAUUGCAUUUUUUGGUAAUGGUCAAUCUGGUGGAUUAGCUGAACACACUGCAUUUGAUGGAAUGAUAAGUGUAACAAAUAGCUUUUAUACAUAUCAAUGCAUAAUUGAAAACAAGGGUGUAUGGACUGGACCAAAAACUAUCCGUGAACUAUCACCUCCUCGAGAGUUGAACUUCAUUCUAAAUUCCAGUAUGAAAGAGGAAUUACAGCAAGCGACUCUGAGACAAAACAUUACCAGACAGAAAGUUAUUGUGAUUAGAGAGAAGUUUACUGGUUUUGGAAAAUCCCUCCUGGUGAAAAAACGUAUCCAUCCUGAUACAUUUGUCCAGAUGGCCUUGCAGCUGACAUAUUACCGUUUGCACAAGAAAUUCGCACCAUGUUAUGAAACUGCUACAACUAGAGCUUUUUACAAUGGAAGAACUGAGACACUGAGAGUGUGCACUAAAGAGCUUGCUAAGUGGGCUCAAGCCAUGCUUAGUUCAACUCCGAUUGAGGAGAAAGUUCGACUCUUGCAAAUAGCUGUAAAGAGACAUGACGAUUUGAUGAAAGAAGCCCGUGAAGCCAAUGGGUGUGAUCGUCAUCUAUUUGGACUCUACUGUGUGGCAGAGGAAAAUAAAAUGCCAAUUCCUGAAUUGUUCAGAGAUGCUUCAUACGCCAAGAGUGGUGGUGGUGGCAACUUCAUCCUUUCCACAAGCUUGGUAGGCUACACCCCGGUAGGAGGUGGAGUUGUCCCUAUGUGCCUGGAUGGCUAUGGCAUUUUCUACAAUAUGGACUCGGACAGUAUAUAUUUGACCAUAUCUGUCAUGCGUGACAGUGCAGAGACAAGUGCCUCUAAAUACUUCAAUCACCUGUGUGAAAGUUUCUACACAAUAAGAGACCUUAUUGAAUUUGCAAGAGGAGAAAAGCCUAAAGCUAAUCUUUAGCAUAAAAAUACGUAGUAGGUAUUCUUAUGGCUCAGAUGUGUGAUUAUGUGAUAAUGAAGCAGCGCAGAGAGUAUUAUGUUGACAAGCCAUAACAAAUAGCCAUAUAUUUUUUAUAAGAUUGUUGUAAGGAGUGCUCAACGAUAUUUUCUCAAUUUUUAAUUGUUCUCUACCUA